CCCCACCAAUGCGAAAAAGUCGCGCCAUCUCGGUGUGCGGAAGGAGGAGGUGAAAUACCACGCGUGGAAGACCUGCUACCACUUGCGAGAUGACGACGCCGCCAGAGCAAGCUCCGGACGCCGUGGCUAGCACCAGCACCGCCGCCACGACCGACGACACUGACGACUCGACCGACAACGAGUUACUCAACUCGUACGUCGAAGUCUCGAGCGACUACGAGAGCGACGACGAGACCGACAAGUCACCGUCUUUCGCGGCGAUGAAAUUCGCGAUGAGUGCCACAGCCGCGUCCGGCACAAAGUCGACCGGCAACGCAGUCGUCGACGCACUCAAGGUUAAACCGAACCUCAAUUCCUUGGCGAGCAAGAUGGACCGCAGGGAACCGACUGCCGGGAAGUACGAGGAAACGACGCCGCAGUGCCGGUUGCGCGUCAAGCGCGACAUCAUGGACCUGCUGACCGACCCGCCACCGGGAGUGUACAUCGCACCCGUCGAGCACAAAAUCACCGUGAUGGACGCCCUAGUACUGGGCCCCGCCGACACGCCGUACGAGGGCGGCUUCUUCCACUUCCUGAUACAGUGCCCGCCCGACUAUCCGAUCAAUCCGCCGCGCGUGCGCCUCAUGACCACCGGUGCCGGUCGCGUGCGCUUCAACCCGAACCUCUACGCGUGCGGCAGGGUGUGCCUCAGCAUACUGGGCACCUGGAGCGGGCCGACCUGGAGCCCCGCGCAGUGCAUUGCCAGCGUGCUCAUCUCGAUCCAGUCGCUGCUCACGGAGAACCCGUACUACAACGAGCCGGGCUACGAAAAAGAGAAGGCGCCGGGUGAGUCCAAGCAGUACAACCUAAUCGUGCAGCACGAGACUAUCCGCGUGGCCGUGUGCGACGCCGUCGAGGCCUGCCUCAGCGGGUCGUCGGAGUGUCCGCCUGCCCUGAGGGAGGUGAUGCUGAAAUCGUUUCCGGACUACUACGACAAGUACGAGAAGGCGGUCGUGUCCAACGUAGAUCUGACAGGUACGGUCAUGGAAGACCCGUUUGGCGGCAGGAGGGGACAGUUCGAGUACAAGACGUUGCUCGAGAGACUGCGGACACUGAAAGGACAAGUUCAAGAGUGGUUGGACGCAAAUGAACGGAGCAAAUGAACGUAUGUUGUGUCUGUGUGUGUUGUGGAACCGGAAGUGAGUUGGACGGUCGAAUGGGCAAAGCUUUUUUUUUUAUUAUUUCUCGUCUCUGUGGAGCCAUCUGAGCAUUGGGUGAAAAAAGACAAGCACGACAUUAAAAAUCUGCACGCCGCACGAAACAAAUGGCGUUAACCGUGAUGCGGAGUCGUUUGUUU